AUGAAAAUAAAUAUCCGUUCAGUCUUCAGUAAGUUCAGGAAAUCUGUAUCCAGUGGUAUUGAAUCACCAACCGAUGAAAUAUCAGCUUUCAAGAGUGCAAGAACGGAGCUGAUCAAGGAUCUUGAAAAAGGCAUGCCUGAAUUUAUCAACUUUAAGAAAAUAGGAGAUGAAUUACCAGCUCCUCAUCUAGAAAAGACUGAAAAAGGAGUAGUCCGCAUUGGAGGAACCGAUAUCGGUGAUCUUGAGUUCCACCUGGAAUCCGGUCGCAUCAGAAAAGUCUUUAGAAGUUUGGGAAUGGAAAACGUAAUAAGCGAGGAGGUCGAAAAGGGUAUACAAAAACAAAUUAACUCUGCAGCGAAAAAGAUUGCCGAUUUGGAGGAAGAAAUCGUUACGUUAAAAAAAGGAAAGAUGAAAGAUUACGAUGUACCGAUCGAUGAGGCGAAGGAGAAGCUUUCAAAGACUCAGCAAAAUAAAUUGAUAGAUCAUUAUAAUAGCGGAUGGAAAAAAGUGUCUGCUACUGGGGGAGUAGUAUUAGUAGGAGUAGCACUCGGUAUUGACCAACUGAUUCAAGAAUGUCACAAGGCCAAAGGCUGCUUUCUAUUUAAUAGUGAAACCGGAGAAGUUAAUAGGUGCAAGUUGGAAAAUCGCUCUUGUGCUUACAAAGAUCAUCCCCAUAGAAUUCCCCAAUGCAAUUCUAAGGACAUGGAUAAACUCAUGCCUAACUUGAACCUGGUGAUGAGGUACCUCAAAAAAAACACUGACGCUCCAUUGUUUACGGCUUUCGAAUCCUUCUUGAAUAACAAAUUGCCAAAAGAGGAGACUAUUAUUGGAGAAACAAUCGAUAAAAUGAAGAACAACAAGACCAUCACGAACAAGGACAUUGAGUACUUUAUCCAAAGACCGGGCUUCGAAGAGAAAUUGAAUCAAUUCUGUGAAGAUAAUAAAAGCUCAUUGAAAAUCACCGAUUUUUGUGACUUGCUCGAUGUUAAAGAGAGGGCAGAAACAGUGUGUGUAGCUUGCAACCCUUCUGCACCUCACAAUUCGUUACAAUAUGUCAAUAUUGAAUAUCUGCCCGAUACCUUAAGACCCCGCUGUGAUGAAAAUCCGACUUUGUGGGAAGCGUUUGUUAAAAUUUGUGGUGACACUCCGCGUGACAUUGUCGACGCGUUAGGACUCACGCAGGCCUGGAAAACUAUUAUGAUGUGGGUUGGUGUGUUCAUUGGAGUCAUGGUGCUUUUCAUAAGCAUCAGGUAUCUCGUGUACAUGUUUCAGAAGAAUUGCAAGUGUGAUGAAAUAAGUUAUUCGGAACUUGAAAAUGAAGAUGAUGAAGAUGAUAAUUAUGAACAUCAUGAAGAUGAUGAAGAUGAUAAUCAUGAACAUCAUGAAGAUGAACAUCAUGAAGAUGAACAUCAUGAAGAUGAUGAAGAUGAUAAUCAUGAACAUCAUGAAGAUGAUGAAGAUGAUAAUCAUGAACAUCAUGAAGAUGAACAUCAUGAAGAUGAUGAAGAUGAUAAUCAUGAACAUCAUGAAGAUGAACAUCACAAAGAUGAACAUCACAAAGAUGAGAAAAAGACGGAAGAGUCUCUAGAGUUUAGAUGGAUUUUACAUUAA